GUUUAGUUGUGAUCGCAACACGGACAAGAAUAGCCGUUGCGUUACCGCCUUUAUCGGAGUUUAAUAUGAUCCUUACUGUUGUGAAGACAUAUUAAAUAUUAAUACAUAAGUGUGAAUUGGCGCGGUAUAUCGCAUAUAAAUUAUGUACACAGUGUGAGAAGUUUUAUCUUUUUUGUGAUAGUGAUAAGCGUUUGAUAAAAGGACAGUUGAUAGCUGAGUGCGGUAACCGGUAUACGUUUUUGAAUUGAUAUUAUGGUAAGGCAAAUGAGUGAUGUGCUUGCGUCGAUGCAAGUAGCGAUGGACCUAUUUUUGUAGCACGGAAAUAAGAGCGCCAACAGGAGUAAAAAGUUUCAACCGAAAAACUUGUGUGUGGUAUUUGUGAGGAAGGUCAAUAUGAAGAAGAGUGCUUUGUUGAAAUUAAAAGCGAUAUUUGGCACGAGAAAAGGCAAGCGGCAUCAGGAACAGUACAACUCCAUAAAAUCAUCACGAUCAGGAUCUCCAGAACCCUCAGAUGGACCCAGCAGUGUCGAAUCUUUCCGGCCAAUCCAACGGACGCCAACUCCCAGCAGACUUGGGCCUCCGCCCUCACCACCCGUGCCCACAAAACCUGUGGCCCCCGCUGCCCCAGAGCCGUCAGGGCCUCUUAUGCCAUGUGCCAUAUGCGGGAGGACCUUUGUGCCCCAAUCACUAUCAAAACAUGUAAAGAUCUGCGAGAAAAUGACCGUCAAGAAGAGGAAAACCUUCGACUCUUCAAGGCAGAGGCGCGAAGGCACGGACCUAGAACAAUACUUGCCAAAGAAUUUCGGUCUUCCAGAAAACAGCCCAUUCCUUGAGAAGAGCCCGCCGAACACUGCUAAAGCCACGCCCAAACCUAAGCCGCAGUCUGUUCGCACUGCUAUCAUGAAGCCCACUGCCGACCUCCAAAAGUGUCCUCAUUGUGGACGCGCCUUCGGUGUGAGGGCGUUCGAGAGACACGUCGAAUGGUGCGCAGACAAAGCGAAGAUUUUACCAGCUGCCUCCGCGCAAGCGCCGCCGCACAUCAGCGAUGCCAAACAAAGGCUCAAUGCGCGUACGCAGUACAAAGCACCGCCAGUUAGAACGCGAAGGUCAUCUCAAACUCGCGAGAAGUCAUCAAGAUCGGCGUCGGUAGAAUCUAGUCGAGGUGUCUCACCGCCUAGAGAGUUUGGUGACUACAAACAUCCACAAUCUAGGGCUUCAGAGUCCGGAUCUAGCAAUGAUUAUCACGAGGAGAGCUCCCCGCAUAUUCCAGUUAUUAGAAACUCGCGUAGCUCUCAAAAUAAAUCGUCUGGAGAUGCCAAUAUUAAAGCGAGGCAAGCCCGGCUGGCCAAGGAUUUAAGCAGCACUAGGCUAGACGAAAACUACGACCCCUUCGUUUGUGCUGCUAGGCAGAUGAAAGAGUUAAUGUCUUCAGACACAAAUAUUCCGCAAAAGCUGCAAAAGGCUUCGAAAGAAUCCAGUCGAACACUUCCAUCCUUAAAACCCACUACUAGAGCCUCCACUCUAAACCGCACAGAUAAUACCAAAACUAUUAAAGACACAAUUAAUAAAACAUAUCAAAAAACACCUACUCUGAACAGAAUGAAAUCAUUUGGAAGUACGCAUAAUGAUAAUCUCUCAAGUUCCUUUGGUGGUAGAUGUAGUUCGUUUAGAUUAAAUAGAAAUGAGAAAAAACCUAGUCUUAAUACAACAUUCACCAAAUCCAGCAAGGAAAAUAUCCAUUCUGUAGAAAAACCAUACUUUAAUCGCAGCACUAAUUUAAAUAGAUCAUUUUCUAGUUAUAAUAAUUCAGUCUAUAGUACGCCUAAGUUAAAAAAUAAAAUUCCAAAGUUAUCCACAUCUAUGCAUCAUGCUUUUCAGAGAAAUACUGGGAGUCAACCUAUGAAACUUGAAAAAAUUAAAAAAGAUGAUGAUAAGAAAGAUCUUGUAAAUCUUGAUGCUAUAUUAUCAUGUGAUAACUCUUCUAUGACAGAUAGUAAUUACAUAGAUCCCAUGUUGAUCAAUGAAAAUGACAAUUUGCCGAUAAAUGUUAACACGAUCUUAAAUAAUCCCGACAUUAUAAGUAGCUUUGAAUCUCUGCUAACUACUGAGAAUCUACCACCUAAAUUCGAAUCGUUUAGUACUAUAAAGAAAAAUAAUACCUGUAGAAAUGUAACAAAUAUAGAAAGUCUUAAAAACGAGAAAAACAAUAAUUUUCAUACUGAGACUUCGACAACUCCAAUCAUAAGUGAUUUAGGAGCUCAGUAUGAUAAGCUAAUGUACUCUCUCGAUCAUAGUAUAACAUCUAGAACUUCCGGUAGAGACGAUGACUCCCUUUGUGAAGAUUUUGAUCUCGAGGAAUUCAUGACCUCUUUUGACGAAGAGGUUAAUAAACAAAAAUCUGAAAAGCGCACGUGUAGCUCGACAACUAGAGUCGUCAAGCAAUCAGAAUUGUCUGACGACGUUAAUGAUACCCCUAAAAUUUUAAAAAGUAGUAGUAACGGUAUGAUUCCAGUGAAUAAAUCAAUGUCCCUUGUUUUUAGCAGUAACAAUAUCGUGGGUGAUAAACUGCUUCCUUCCUCCGUCAAACGUUCCACAUCCCUCCUCGAUUCCAUUCAAAAGAAACCUGCCAAAAUAGAACCUAAAAUCCGCCAUAAGACUGAUCAACUGGAAGAUGACAUAAUGCAAUCUCUGAAAGAAUUCGACAAGUUCUACGAAUCUCAGAAAAAUGAGAAAAGUCAUUCGAAUAAAGAUCUUAAUGUGAAUAAACGCACGUAUAUAGAUACAGUAAAAAGAGGUAGUCGGAAGAAGAUCGAACAAAAGAAUAAAUGUGACAUCACAAACGGAAAUCACACGCCUGGUGGGAAAAUAAGCAACGAUUCGGCUUAUAGCAGCCUAAACAGAGUGUCGCCAUCAAAGCUGUCCUUGUGCAAUGUUAAAGAAUCAAAUGAUACAGUGCUGGUAGAACAACCAGGCGGUUCAGACACGAGUGAGAGUCAUAAAGAAGACAGACGUUCCAUAUCAAGUGAAGAAUUUUUGGCGAUGGAGAAAUCCACUGAGCUAGAAGAGACGUUAACGAGAUCUGAUAUGCACUCGUCCUAUAAUAAUGUAGGGCACAUCAGUUGUACGGAGAAACGUACCAGUUCUCGAGCCUCCACACAUCGCACAUCGCAUCGUAAUAUAAAAGAGGCGCUCAGCUCUAGUGGGUCUGAGACGUCCUUAAGCCGUGUUCGAAGGGACCAACACUCGGCCCCGCGUCUUUCACGCUUCUGUCACGAAUGCGGGAGUAAGUUUCCUGAUAAAGCCAAGUUUUGUAUCGAAUGUGGCGUUAAACGAUUGUUAGUGUGAACUGUACUUAAUUGUGUUUAUGUCUAGUCUUAAAGCCCUUCAUACAUGGUUGUAAUGUGUAUAGAUUUUUAAAGUUUUUAACAUUCUCGAUGUUUCGAAUAUUCGGGAAGUAUUUUAUAUGUUUGAUUUGGAAACUUGGCAAUAUUUUUAAUUGUAUACCAUUAACGGACCAAUGUCUUAUUACCUCGACUAUAUUUUAAAUUGGGUAAAUUCACCAAUAGAUUAUAAAUUGGAUUUGAUAAAAAAUUCAAUGCCAAAAAUUUAAAGGCACGUAGCAUAGCAGACAAAUAUCGCAGAACAUAUAGGUAUUUACUCGUAUGUUAAUUGCUAACAACACCAAUACGUCUUUUGUAUGAAAACUAUUCUAGAACGAAGGUCCAUUUUAGUUAUGACUACGGCCACAGAGCACUGAUCAAGUCUAUGCAAUGUUUUAUGAUAGCUAUUCAAUUGUAUCUAUUGUCUGUACCAAGGAAAAUGUAAUUUACGGACAGAUUGUACCAUGUAUGGAGUCGUAUGUGAGCUUCCCAAAAGCUCAAUUAUUGCUUGAACAAUAUUUGCAAAAUGCAAAUAAUUUUAUCAGUACGAUAUCUAUGUAUCAUAGAUAAUAUGGUACUUGAAUUAUUAUUUAUUAUAGCAAGUUUAUAUUUUGUUAUUUUCAACCAUUUUUAGUUAUUAGAGAAGUGCCUUUAAAAUUAUGUUCGAAAAUAAAUAACCCCUUUAUUUAUAAACGAUAGAUUUGACAUCUAUAAUAAAUGUGUUAUCUGUAAAAUGAUAGAUCAAGUAUUAAAGAGAAGUCUGCAGGGCUAUAAUACUGUGAAGUACUGUGUGCUUAUAUCAAUUUCCAUUCAUUGGCACUUUUAAGUAUUGGUAUAUAAUAAAUAAUGUAUGUAAUUGUCUAUGUAGUUUCAAAAGCUAACUAGGUUACAGAAAAGUCGCAGAGUAAGUCACAAUAGCGUAGGGUUUUUUAUAAUGGGGUGAUUUAUUAAGUAACAUUACCAAAUUAUUUAUUUAAAAAAGUGCCUUCCCAAAUUUUGGUGAUUCUCUUAAACCUAUCUACCUGUGAUAAUAUUUGGAACUACACCAAACAUUUCUUGAAUAAUUGUUAAGUGCCAAUUUUUGUUUUGAAUGGAAUUUUGUGUUUUUAUUAGUUUUUGUUAAUGAAUGUAUUUUGUAAUGUUUUAACUUUCCACAAAUAGAGGUAGCAUUUUAACAAGACUGAUUUCACUUUCAAAUGUUUUGUGAAAUGACCCUAACAUUGUAUAUUGUUUUGAUUAACAGACUAUCAUGUAAUAAAUUAACGUUAGAAAUUAAA